AUUGUGGGAUUAGUGAUAUGCUUUCCUGAACAUCAGAAAGUCAAAGAUGUCUAGACACCACUCAGUGGCUUUGACAGUGAUCACCCUUCUGGGCGUGGCUGUUGGGGGUUUUGUCUUGUGGAAAGGCGUUCAGCGCCGGAGGACUAAACGUGCCUUUCAGCAGCAGCAGAAAGGGCUAGGCAGUAGAGAGCUGCUCCCUUCAGAAGACACCCUGCUGCGCUGCAGUGCCCCCAGAGCCUCAUGGGAGGAGAGGAUCCUCAAAGCAAAGGUGGUGACUGUGUCUCAGGAGGAGGAGUGGGAUCAAAUCGAGCCUUUGCUUAGGAGUGAGUUAGAAGAUUUCCCAGUGCUUGGAAUCGACUGUGAGUGGGUGAAUUUGGAAGGCAGAGCCAAUCCUCUGUCACUCCUGCAGAUGGCUUCUCCAAAUGGCUUCUGUGUCUUGGUUCGCCUACCCAGGCUGAUCCAUGGAGGAAAAACAUUACCAAGAACCUUACUGGACAUCUUGGCAGAUGAAACCAUUUUAAAAGUUGGAGUGGGAAGUUCAGAAGAUGCCAGCAAACUCCUCCAGGAUUAUGGCCUCAUUGUUAAGGGAUGCCUGGACCUCCGAUACCUAGCCAUGAGGCAGAGAAACAGUUUGCUCUGUAAUGGGCUUAGCCUGAAAUCUCUUGCUGAGACUGUUUUGAACUUUCCCCUUGACAAGUCCCUUCGAAUCCGUUGCAGCAACUGGGAUGCUGAGAAUCUUACUGAAGACCAGGUAAUUUAUGCCGCCAGGGAUGCCCAGAUUUCAGUGGCUGUCUUUCUCCAUCUUCUUGGAUACCCUUUCUCUAGGAAUUCAACUCUCGAAGAAAACAGUGGCCACAUUGGCUGGAGAAAAGUCUUGGAGAAAUGUCAGGAUGUAGUAGACAUCCCAUUCAGAAGCAAAGGAAUAAUCAGAUUGGGAGAAGAGGUUAAUGGGGAAGCAACAGAAACUCAACAGAAGUCAAGAAAUAAGAAGUCUAAGGUCGAUGGAAUGGGGCCAGGCAACCACCAAGGAAGAGACCCCAGAAAACAUAAACGAAAACCUCUGGGAGUGGGCUACUCUGCCAGAAAAUCACCCCUCUAUGAUAACUGCUUUCUCCACGCUCCUGACGGACAGCCCCUCUGUACUUGUGAUCGCAGAAAAGCUCAGUGGUACUUGGACAAAGGCAUUGGAGAGCUGGUGAGUGAAGAGCCUUUUGUGGUCAAGCUACAGUUUGAACCUGCAGGAAGACCUGAAUCCCCAGGAGAUUAUUACUUGAUGGUUAAAGAGAACUUGUGUGUGGUGUGUGGCAAGAGAGACUCCUACAUUCGAAAGAACGUGAUCCCACAUGAAUACCGGAAGCACUUUCCCAUUGAAAUGAAGGAUCACAACUCCCACGAUGUGCUGCUGCUCUGCACCUCCUGCCAUGCCGUCUCCAACUACUAUGACAAUCAUUUGAAGCAACAGCUGGCCAAGGAGUUCCGGGCCCCCAUUGGCUCUGAGGAGGGCUUGCACCUGCUGGAGGAUCCUGAGCGCCGCCAGGUGCGCUCUGGGGCCAGAGCCCUGCUCAAUGCAGAGAGCCUGCCUACACAUCGAAAGGAAGAGCUGCUGCAAGCCCUCAGAGAGUUUUAUAACACAGAUAUACUCACAGAGGAGAUGCUUCAAGAGGCUGCCAGCCUGGAGACCAGGAUUUCCAAUGAAAGCUACGUUCCGCAUGGGCUGAAGGUGGUACAGUGCCACUCUCAGGGUGGGCUGCACUCCCUCAUGCAGCUGGAGAGCCGAUGGCGUCAGCACUUUCUGAAUACCAUGCAGCCCAAGUACCUGCCCCAGCAGUGGUCAGUGGAUCACAACCAUCAGAAGCUGCUCCGGAAAUACGGGGAGGACCUGUCCAUCAAGCUGUCUUGAUAGCUCCUUCCCUUCCAGGUUAGGACAGGUGGGCAGCUGGGCCCAAGGCUGAAAAGUUUUCCAUUUUAAUAUGCCAUUAAUUGUGAAAGCCUCAGUGAUAGAACUUGGAGCUAAUUCCUGAUAACCCCAGGCUGCUUCAUGAUGAACCAAGGCUUCAUUUAAGUGAAACUUAUGGUUUUGAAUUUUAAUUAGGAAGGGUCAGUUUUCUGUUCCCUCCCUCUUAUUUUUGUGGACCAGAAAGGCCUUUAUGUUUACUCUCCCUGAUUUGCAUUUGCUGAGCAGAGGGAAAAUGAAAGAUUCUCUCUGAGGCGACUUGUCAAGAC